AUGACAAAGCAAUAUCUCGACCUACCAGUCGCGCGCGCGGACAUUGCAUUCGGUCUCAUGGCGGACUUCGAAGCAGACACUCACCCGAAGAAAGUCUCAAUGAUCGCCGGAGCAUAUCGCGACGAGAAUGGAGAGCCGUGGAUCUUGCCAAGCGUCAAAGAGGCAAAGAAACGCCUCAAAAACACCACCCACGAAUACCUGGGUAUCGCAGGCUCGCAAACCUUCACCAACCUAGCAAAAGAGCUCAUCUUCGGGCCCAUUGCAUCCAGCCUCCAAGAAAACGCAGCAUCAAUCCAAACAGUCUCCGGCACCGGCGCAAACCACCUCGCAGCCACAUUCCUGGCCCGUCACCUCCGCCCUAAUCGCGUCUUCAUCCCAUCCCCAACAUGGAUCAACCACAAGUCCAUCUGGGAGAUGGCCGGUGUUGCGGUUGUAGAAUACCCAUACUACUGCCACGCCACAAGGGAAGUGAAUAUAACCGGGAUGUUGGAUGCCCUGGAGCACGCCGAUCCCAAUGAUGUCGUCAUCCUACAAGCCUGCGCGCAUAACCCCACCGGCGUGGACUUGUCAAAGUCGCAAUGGAGAGAGGUAUUCAACCUCGUCCAGCGGAAGAAACUCUUCACCGUCUUUGACAGUGCAUACCAAGGCUUCGCGACGGGCGCUGUUGACGGCGAUGCGUGGGCAGUUCGCCAUUUCGCAGAGGCAGUCCUUGCAUCCGAGACGCAUCCGGGCCUGUGUGUUGCGCAGUCGUUCUCGAAGAAUUUCGGUCUGUACGGUGAGCGGGUGGGUGCCCUCCAUCUGGUUGUACCGCAGCACCUCUCGGCGCAGGGUGCUUUAUCUGAAUUGAUGUUGAUUUCAAGAGCGGAAUAUUCCAAUCCGCCGCGGUUUGGGGCGAGUAUUGUUGAGACUGUUCUUGGAGAUCGGGGUCUAAGGGCUCAGUGGAAGGCGGACUUGGAUACAAUGAGCUCGCGCAUCAAGAGGAUGAGAGGUAUGUUGAGGAAAAGGUUGGAGAAGGAGACGUUGCGGGAUUGGUCGCAUAUUGAGAAGCAGAUUGGGAUGUUCAGUUAUACGGGGUUGACUGCGCAGCAGGUGGAUCGACUUCGAAGGGAGUUCCAUAUCUAUCUGUUGCCCUCGGGUCGGAUGAGUGUGUGUGGUCUGAAUCAGGGUAAUAUCGACUAUGUGGUGUGUGCUAUUGGUGAAGUCGUCAAAGCAAGCGGGUGUGUUUAG